AUGUCGCUCUUUUUCAAGGCUCCGCUCGAAAUAGAAAUCCGUCUAGAUGGCGAAGAAUGUCGCAAAAAUGUCGACAUCAAAACUCCUCAGGGAAGAACUGAGAAGCUCCCCAUUUAUAAAGAUGGGGAAUCCGUCAGAGGUACAGUCACGGUUCGUACCCGUGAGGGCCGCAAGGUUGAGCAUUUGGGUGUACGUGUGCAACUCCUUGGUCUGAUCGAGACCAAUAUCGAUGGUGUCGUGGUACUGGACGAUUUUUUAUCCUUGGCCACCGAAUUGGCAGCUCCAGCCCAAUUGACUCAUCCAGAAACUUACCCGUUUGAGUUCCGUAACGUGGAGAAACAAUACGAGAGUUAUAGAGGCAAGAGUGCCCGUUUGAGGUACUAUGUCAAGGUCAGUGUCAACCGGAAAUCCCUGCUGGAAAUCACCAGAGAGAAGGAACUUUGGGUUUAUCAAUAUGUUGUUGGUACUGCUGCUGGCACCGUCGGGUCUGGAAGAGCCGUCACUUCCCUGGCCCUGACCCUGGCCUUGACACUGGGCCCUGUUGGUGCAGCUGGCACCUCUGGAACUUCUGGCACUCCUGGCACUCCUGGCACUCCUGGCACUCCUGGUGGAGUCUCGAGGGCUGUCUCCGGCAAUAGAGCCUCUCGUCUGGACUCCUCCUCCAAGACUGUCACUGCAUCCAAUGGUCCCAAUGGCAACUCCAAACCAAAUGGCCUUGCGUUCCCCACGGUGAAGAUGGACGUUGGGAUUGAAGACUGCCUUCACAUCGAGUUUGAGUACCUGAAGUCUCGUUUUUCCCUCAAGGACGUGAUCGUGGGGAGGAUCUACUUCCUCCUCGUUCGGCUCAAGAUCAAGCACAUGGAGCUCCUGCUCAUUCGACGGGAAACCGUUGGUGCCCCUCCAAACCAAACCACCGACAGCGAGACGGUCGUUCGGUUUGAGAUCAUGGAUGGUGCUCCCGUCAGAGGAGAAACGAUCCCGAUCCGUCUCUUCCUUGGCGGCUUUGACCUCACCCCGACGUACCGUGACGUCAACAAGAAGUUCCUGGCCCGCACGUACCUCCUGUUGGUUCUAAUUGACGAGGAUUCGCGGCGUUACUUCAAGCAGAGUGAGAUCAUCCUCUACCGUGACCAGUAG